AUGUGUGUUCGCGCAUCGCUGGUGCUGCUCACUGUUGCUGUGUGCGUAUGCUUGUGUGCCUGUGACGUCCACGCAACGACAUACUAUGUGUCGCCAGCACACGGGAGUGACAGCAACCAUGGCAAAUCUCCGUCAAAGCCAUGGAAAACGCUGGCCAAGGCGUCUUCGCAUCGCUUCGUCUCAGGCGACUCACUGCUGUUGGAGCGAGGCGGCAGAUUCCACAACGAGACGCUGUUCAUUGCACCGGUAGAUGGCUUUGUGCUUGGCGACUAUGGCUCUGCCAACUUGUCGAGGCCAACAAUCGUGCACUACCGCCCGUCAACCAAGUCCUAUGUCAACUGCGUGGAGCUCGUCGACGUUGACAACGCUGUCGUGCGCAACAUCCAUUUGGCCGGGUGCUUCAUUGGCCUGCAGUUUUCAUUCACACCGGGACGAAACCACUCCAACGUGCUGGUGGACAACUGCCACCUGCGGGACCUGCACCAUCCAUAUGAGAGCUAUCAGCCAUCCGACCCCCAGUGGGCACGCGCCAUCUCCGUUGUUGGCAGCGGCGGCGGCGCGUUUGUGUCCAACUUCACGGUGCAGCACACCACCGCCACGCGCAUCGACACGUUCUUUGGGUCUGGCGGGGUGUUCAUCUCCGGGCUGAACCUCGACAGCAACACGGUGGCGCAGUGCGGCGGCAACUGCUAUGGCCUCAGCGGCGGCACAGACAUGCACAUCACCAACUCCGUGUUCCUGCGCGACGCACCGGAGACGCUGUUCCUGUAUGGCACGACAGAUGUCAUCAUCGGCACCAUCAGCGGAGACAACUCCAUCGAGGACUGCGACUUCAACACGCGCGGCGAGUAUGAGGCGGGCCCCGAUGGGUGUGCCAUUGACUUUGAGACGUCUGCCAUGGGGUUUGCCAUCCGCGGCAACACCAUCUACCGCUCUUGGGGCGGUGGCAUCAUGGUGUUUGGACACGCCACCACCUCGCACGGCUUCAACAUCUCCGACAACACGUUUGUGUACGCCGGGUGCGUGCAGCCCCGCGACGACAAGGCGGGGAUUGCUUUCAUGUGUCCUGGCGGCCACAAGCCGAGCGGGCUGGUCUCUGACAACGUGUUUGUCACGUGCGACGGCGUUCCUGCCAUGUUCGAUGCUGUCAAAGGGUGCAGCAACAACGUGACCAAGAUCAACAACUCCAUCGACGGUACUGCUGUUGUUGAGCAGCCGCAGAUCACCUUCUCCCCGCCACCACCGACCUCCAACGCCACCCGCGUCACCAUCCCGGCCCUCGCUGUCACCCGCACAGCCAACGCCACGAUCCGCUACACGCUCGACGGCUCGCGCCCCACCACCUCGUCGCCCGUCGUGCCCGCUGGCGGCGUGGCCAUCACGUGGCCGGGCCCGGACAUCGUCAUGAAUGUGCGCGCGUUCCACGCCGGCAUGAGGCCGUCAAUCACCAAUGGCGUCGUGAUUGAGCGCAGCCUGUACCGCCCGCGCGGGUCGGCCGGCAUCGGAUAUGUGCGCAGCAACCUGGAUGCACUCACGGUCAACGCGAGCAGUGGUGGCGAGGCGUGGGUGCGUGGCUGGGCGGUGGACACGAGCCUGCCCGGCUUGGGCCGCGAACCCGUCACCGUGCGUGUGGACGUGGAUUUGCAGCCGGUGGCGUACGUGGUGGCCAGCCUGGCCCGUCCUGACCUGGUGGCCGCUGGCGUGGCGCCCGACCCAAAUCACGGCUUCAAUUUGCAGCUGAGUGGCACGAUUGCGCGCUCUCUGCUUUCGGGCAACCACAUUGUGGACGUGUUUGUGGUGGAUUCCCCCAUGACACGCCUGCAGCCCACGCGCGUGGCCCUCUCGCCAAUGUGCACAUGCAACGGCGUCGUUUGCCCUUGCUGA